GAAGUUACUGUUACCGUCCAGUGGAUUUCGGGCUGGUGAAAGGAAACCGUGGCGUCUGCGGGCGAGACCAGGGGAACGCAGAGGCCCCGGGGUGCGCCCCCCGCCCCCGCUCGCUGGACUGGCACCCAGGCCUUGGGAAGAUGCUCCUCAUGGCCCUGUGCGUGGGCUUUCUGGGCUGCCUGCCGGCCCAGGCGCUGCAGGGACAUGUGUCCGUCAUCCUGCUGGGAGCAACAGGGGACUUGGCCAGAAAGUACUUAUGGCAGGGGCUGUUCCAGCUCUACCUGGAUGAGGCGGGGAAGGGCCACAGUCUGAGCUUCCAUGGGUCUGCACUGACGGCCACCACAGAGGGCCAAGAGCUCCUGGCCAAGAUCCUGGACGCCCUCUCCUGCCCCAGCGACAUGGCCCCCGAUCACUGUGCCGACCUCAAGGGUCAGUUCCAGCAGCUGAGCCAGUACCGCUGCCUGAAGACCACGGAGGACUAUGUGGCUCUGAGCGGGGACAUCGAGGCACAGCUCCAGCGCACAGGCCGCCCGGAGGCUGGCAGGAUCUUCUACUUCUCCGUGCCGCCCUUCGCCUACGGAGACAUCGCCCGCCACAUCAACAGCAGCUGCCGCCCCCGGCCCGGCGCCUGGCUGCGGGUUGUCCUGGAGAAACCCUUCGGCCAUGAUCUCCUCUCGGCCCAGCAGCUGGCCACAGAACUCGGCAGCUUUUUCCAAGAGGAGGAGAUGUACCGGGUGGACCAUUACCUGGGCAAGCAGGCUGUGGCUCAUAUCCUGCCUUUCCGAGACCAAAACCGCCAGGCCUUGGACGGGCUCUGGGACAGGCACCACGUGGAGCGGGUGGAGAUCAUCAUGAAAGAGACCCUGGACGCGGAAGGUCGCACCAGCUUCUACGAGGAGUACGGCGUCGUCCGUGACGUCCUCCAGAACCACCUGACCGAGAUCCUCACCCUCGUGGCCAUGGAGCUGCCCCACAACAUCAGCAGCUCGGAGGCCGUGCUGAGGCACAAGCUGCAGGCCUUCCAGGCGCUGCGGGGCCUGCAGAAGGGCAGCGCUGUCCUGGGCCAGUACCAGGCCUACAGCCAGCAGGUGCGCCGAGAGCUGCAGAAGCCAGCCAGCUUCCACAGCCUGACGCCAACGUUCGCAGGCGUCCUCAUUCACGUGGACAACCUGCGCUGGGAGGGCGUCCCUUUCAUCCUGAUGUCCGGCAAGGCCCUGGACGAGAGAGUGGGCUACGUGCGGAUCCUGUUCAAGAACCAGGCGUGCUGCGUGCAGGACGAGCCUCGCUGGGCCGCUGACCAGAGCCGCUGCCUGCCCCGGCAGAUCGUGUUCCACAUCGGGCACGGCCAGCUGGGCAGCCCCGCUGUGCUGGUCAGCCGCAACCUGUUCAGGCCCUCGCUGCCCUCCGUGGGCUGGAAGGAGAUGGAAGGCCGUCCCGGGCUCCGUCUCUUCGGCCGCCCUCUGUCGGAUUUCUACGCCUACAGCCCGGUGAGUGUGCAGGACGCCUACUCCGUGCUCAUAUCCCGGAUCUUCCACGGCCACAAGGACUCCUUCAUCACCACGGAGAAUUUGCUGGCCUCCUGGGUCUUCUGGACCCCCCUGCUGGAUAGCCUGGCCCAGGAGACCCCCCGCCAGUACCCAGGAGGAGCGGAGAACGGGCAUCUGCUGGACUUUGAGUUCCACGGUGGCCAGUUAGCCUUCUCUCAGCAGCAGCUGGAGCAGCUGGUGCCGGGGCUGGGUCCUGCCCCCCUGCCCCGAGACUUCCAGGUACUCAGAGCCAAGUAUCGGGACAGCCCGCUGGUCUCGGCCUGGCCCGAGGAGCUGAUUGCCAAGCUGGCCAGCGACAUUGAGGCCGCAGCUGUGCGGGCCGUGCAGCGCUCUGGUGAGUUCCACCUGGCGCUCUCGGGUGGCUCCAGCCCCGUCGCCCUGUUCCAGCAGCUGGCCACAGGCCACUAUGGCUUCCCCUGGGCGCACACGCACCUGUGGCUGGUGGACGAGCGCUGUGUGCCGCUCCGGGAUCCCGAGUCCAACUUCCAGAGCCUGCAGGCGCACCUGCUGCGGCACGUCCGGGUGCCCUACUACAACAUCCACCCCAUGCCCGUGCACCUGCACCAGCGGCUGUGUGCCGAGGAGGACCAGGGUGCCCAGGCCUAUGCCAGGGAGAUAUCCGCGCUCGUGACCAAUAGUAGCUUCGACCUGGUGCUGCUGGGCAUGGGCACCGAUGGGCACACGGCCUCCCUCUUCCCGCAGUCCCCCACCGGCCUGGACGGGGAGCAGCUGGUCGUGCUGACCCAGAGCCCCUCCAGGCCACACCACCGCAUGAGCCUUAGCCUGCCCCUCAUCAACCGGGCCCGGAAGGUGGCCGUCCUGGUGGUGGGCAGGAUGAAGCGUGAGAUCACCAUGCUGGUGAGCCGUGUGGGCCACGAGCCCAGGAAGUGGCCCAUCUCGGGCGUCCUGCCCAGUUCUGGCCAGCUGGUUUGGUACAUGGAUUAUGACGCGUUUCUUGGGUAACUGGGUUGAUGGUGCCUUUGCCCUCGGUUCACCCCCAUGCUUCCUUUUCCCGUCCUCUCCCCGCCCCUCCUAGUCCCACUAAAUGCUCUGGGCCCGGCUUUCCAAGUCUGAGACCUCAGGGUCAGGCUGCAGACGGAGAAGGACAAGACCCUGUCCCAACCCUUUUGACAGCCAGGCCUUGUCUACUUGUGGACACAGAAAUGCAGAGAUGGAAUGUCUGCUCUUAGCAGCUUUGCACCUUGAGGAAAGACCUGCUGCAGUCACAGGCGGCAUCAGCCAGCACAAAAGAAGGCGAUGUGGCAGUCCCAAAUCCAGGAGGACUGCGGUGGGCUGCGGUUAAUCAGGGGCGGCUUUCUGGAGGCGGUGAUCCUUGACCUGCCUCCUGUGGACAAGAAGAGCAUGGAUGGUGGAGAGGGGGAGGCCGGCAUCUGCGCAGGGCCCAGCUGUGGGGCCCUUUCCACCCUCUGUCCCCCUCCUCCCCAGCCUCCCCCCUCCUGCCGCUCCCACCUGCCCCCCCUCCCCUGGCAUGCCGCUCCCCCUGCCCCGUCUCCACCUCCCUUCCAGUCCCCCGGAUUCUUCUCAUGGCAGGAGCCGGAUUUAGGGUGUUAAAAGCCCCAGAGCCUCCGGGCCUGGAGUGCCCUUUCUCAGUAUAUGGGCGUGUUUGCUGGGUGGGGGUGCCAGGGUCCCCCAGUUUGCUCAGGGAGGAAGCCCUGCCUGCUCUGCUCUCCGUUCGGACCCUCCGUGAACCUGGCGACAUGGACUGUCACAGGUGCAGCGUGGUCGGGGUCCUGACACCUCAGGGGUGCCCAGUGGGGGUUUCCGGCCCGCCCCCCAGUCUUAGCAAGAAGCAGCCGCUGGUUCUUCAUCGGGUGCUGGAGUCCUUGGGGGGAGAUGUGAGGUCCGGUGGGGCCCUGGCCCCGAGAGCUGCCCGCAGGCCCUGGCUGCACCUCCGUCCAGGGACGUGGCUGAUUCUCAGCCCAAGGGGGCGGCCGCGCCCUCCCUCUC